UUUCGAUGAAUACUAGACUAGCUGUUGUGUGGUUUAAGUUUGAAUUAAUUUUGAGUGUGUGGUAGGUGUGUGAGUGUGCAUACGUGUGUCUGUGUGUGUGUGUGUAUCAGAAGCUUUUCAGCGCCUGCCCUUCCUCCUCCUAUCAGGUGUUUGUCCCAACCGUCUGGAAAUAACAGGGGGGGAGAACUCCGGAACGAGACUGAAGGAGGGGAAUCAGAAAGCCAGUGCAAGAGGAAACAAGUACAAAGAGGACAGCGAGUGAAGGAGGAAAGCGCUUUCAGGAGGAAGCAGGGUGUGUGUGUGUGUGUGUAGGUUUUUAUCCAAAGCUGAAGAUGGCUACAUACACAGUAUCUCUCAAUGGCUCCGCACCAUGGGGUUUCAGACUACAUGGAGGAAAAGACUUCAAUAUGCCACUUACCAUCUCCAGGAUAACUCCAGGCAGUAAGGCUGCAGGGGGCAGUCUAGUCCAGGGUGACAUCAUCACAUCGAUAGACGGCCUUAGUACAGAAGGCAUGACACACCUGGAGGCACAGAACAAGAUUAAGAUGGCCUCCAAUAAACUGGCCCUCACCAUGCAAAAGUCGAAACGUCCUACCACUGUUACCAUGGCAACACCCAGAAUGGACUCCCCCAUGUCAGUUAUUCCUCACCAGAAGGAGGGUGAGCAUGUUAAAAAAGAAGUAGAAGAAGAAGAAGAGGUGGAGGCGAAGAAGUUUGGGAGACUAUUGUCUAAAAAGCCUGUAGAGCCGACCCCUGCCCUCCGUACCCCCUCUCCGCUCCUCCCCCCCUCCCCUGCCGCUGCAGUGUCUCUCUCGAGCCAGAAGGGACAGUAUAACUCCCCCAUCAGCCUGUACUCUGCACACACUCUCAGAGAGAUGGCCCUGCUGCAAGGCAAGGUUGCAGGAGAUGGGGCAGGGGCCGCCAAGCUGGGAGGAGAGGGGGCAGACAGCGGAGUGCCGUUUCUAGGUGGUUCCCUGCCUAUGAAGGACCCGGUGGUUGACAGUGCGUCUCCAGUCUACCAGGCUGUGAUCCAGACACAUGAUAGAGACGAGGAGAUUGCCGAGUGGGCCAGACGGGCUGCCAAUUUGCAGUCCAAGAGCUUCAAGAUGCUGGCCCACCUCACCGGCACCGAAUACAUGCAAGACCCAGAUGAGGAGGCCCUGCAGAGGUCGAGGGAUAAGUUUGAAUCGGAGGUGAAAGGACCUCGCUUCCGCAAGCUGAAGAACUGGCACAACGGGCUCUCAGCUCAGAUCCUCAAUGUCCCUGAGACUCCCUUCUGAUUUAUCUGCCAGAUCUAUCCUUUAUCUUAGGAAUGAUUAUAAUGUUUGGAAUGGUUUUUGCUUUUCUUUCUUGUUGGUUGUUUUGCCUCUCCUAACUGAUAGGGAAUUGUACAAAAAAAGUAUUUAAGAGAAAUUGUAAAAGUGAUCAUGUAAACACACACUCGUGAACACAGACAUGCGCACACACACACGCACACACACACCUAUGUACGCAUGCUAACAAUGAACAAAGAUGCACACACAAAUACAUAUGAAUGCACAUAUACCCACACAAUUUAAAUGUACUAUUAUCAAUGUGAAUAAAUAUUUUCUUUAAAUCAAAA